AUGAGCUACAGUCCCCACUCGGCUUACGACUCGCGCAACGGCGAGGCUAGCUCGGGCCUGCCAGCGUCCCAAUCCAUCCGCAACACGCUUUCCGGCGCCAUUAGCUCCACCAAAGCGUACCUCCAACCCUUUGCACCCGGCUCGCCCUACCUCGGCUCCAAUGGCGCCAACGCACACUCCGAGCCAGGCCGGCUGCUCUCGGACGUGGCGCCCCAGCUCAUGACCACGCGCAUGAUGGCCGCCGUCGCCAACUCCAACACAGCGCUCGGACUCACUUCGGACGGCCAGCGACGCGCGCGGCUGCUCCUCACGCCCGGCUUCUCCAUCUCGAGCCCGGCGCGCUCGCUCGUCCGCAUCGGCGGCUCGCUCAUCCAGUCCGGCAUCGGCCGCGGGCCCAUGAAUGGCAUCACUUCGCACGAGCUCUUUGUGCUCGAGGAGAGCGACCGCAUCCUCGCCACCGCAGCUCAAGACCUCGCGCUCACAGACAACACCUCCUCCAACUCCAGAGCCGCAAUCCAAGACGCAAAGUCGCGCUCCGAACCACCCGUCUCCCUACUCCGCGGCUUCCAGGCAACGAUACCCAGCUCCACAGAAGGACGCCAGCGACGCAGACGCGUGCGCGCCAUCGCAAGCGGCUACGAAGAUGGACCCGAGGGUCCCACCAAGCUCGGCCUCAAGGCGAUGGGCGACAAGGCGCGCGGCCUCAUGGUGGAGGGCGUCGAGACCGAGCCAGUGUCUGCGUUCCAGGCGCGCGAGCAGCGCCACGCGCGGCGCAACCACGCCAGCCGCAUCCUGUCGCGCGGCAAGGACGGCGCGCGCGCGUCGAUGAUCCAGCUGGAAGAGCUCGAGCGCCAGCUGCGCGAGAUCGAGCGCGAGCAGGACGAUGUGGGUGUCAAGCGUGCGCUCAUCGAUGCCGAGGUGAGCGCCGUGGACGCCAAGAUCCAGGUGCUGGAGAAGAUCAAGGCGGGCCUGCACACCAAGCUGCUCGGCCUGCGCGAGGAGGAGCUCGAGCUGGCCGACGAGCACGAGGGCGUGGGGGAGCUGCUUGCGGUGCAGAAGCAUCUGCGUGCCAUGCCUGGUGGGCCGGCGGCGGCAGCCAAUGCGGCUGCGUCGGGCGCCACCACGAGUCAGGGCAGCAGCCGUCGGCGCAAGGGCCCGCUCUUCAUGCCGUCGGAGCACGACGAGCUGCCGUCGGGCGUGGCGUUCAUGACGCUCGCCGACCAUUCGGCGCCCAUCACGUCGCUCGACUUUACCGAGCCGUACGGCACGCUCGUGUCGGCGUCGCUCGACGAGACGGUGCGCGUGUGGGAUCUGGCGUCGGGCGACGAGGUCGGACGGCUGCGCGGACACUCGGGCACCGUCAAGUGCUUGCAGGUGGAGGACGAGGUGUGCAUCACCGGCGGCACCGACCAUGCCAUCCGCAUCUGGGACCUCACCAAGGUGGAGAACUUCGAGGCGCGGCUCAGCAUGACGGCGUCGGGCGAGCUGCGUGCGCGCAAGCGGUCGCCGGAUCUCAACCGCAGCCCCGACUUUGGCGAUCAGAGCAUGGACAGCAUCAAGAUCCGCGAUGGCGACACGACGGUGGGCGAGGAGGACGAGGAGGAGGUGAGGGACGAGUUUGAUCCGUGCGUAAAGAGUCUCGAGGGUCACAGCAAGUCGGUCACGGCGCUGUACUUUGACGACAACUGCCUCGUGACGGGCGCGUCGGAUAAGACGCUGCGCCAGUGGGAUCUCAACACGGGCCAGUGCGUGCUCACCAUGGACAUCCUCUGGGCCAUCUCGAACCCGACCUCGUCGCAGGCCAUUUCGCAGUCCGAGUUUGGCUUUCCCGAGUCGCCGUCGCGCAAGGCAUCCUCUUCGGCCAUCCUCGGCGCCACACGACCCGAGUUGAGCUCGCGCGAUUCGUUCAGCGUGCUCAACAACGUCUCGGGAGCCUUUGCGUACCCCACGCCGCCGUAUGCGGAUGGCAGUUGGGAGAUGUACCAAGACUUUGUCGGAGGGGUUCAGUUCUGGGGCUACGCGCUGGCGAGUGGUUCGGGCGAUGGAGGGGUGAGGAUGUGGGAUAUGCGAACGGGUCAGGCACACAGAACGCUGCUCGGCCACACGGCGCCGGUGACGUGUCUGCAGUUCGACGAGCACCAUGUCAUUUCGGGCAGUCUGGACAAGUCGAUCCGCAUCUGGGAUCUGCGUAUGGGCAGCAUUUCGGACACGAUCCGAUACGACCAUCCCGUGACGGCGCUCCAGUUUGAUUCGCGCAAGAUCCUCGCCGCGACGGGCGAGAACGGCGUCAAGAUCUUCAACCGCACUACGCUCCAGCACGGCGCGCUCACGCUCAACGGCCACACGUCGCCGGUCGAGAGGCUGCGCUACAUGGACACCUAUGCCGUCUCGGGCGGCAAGGACAGUGUCGUCAAGGUGUGGGCGCUCUAG